AUGAAUGUCUUUAACCCGAAGAUCCUCGACGCCAGCAUCCGCGACGUGACCUCGUGCCUCACAGACGAGCAAAAGGCAGACGUCCUUCUCUCCGCGAUGGCCCAUCUACAAAUUGACCGAUCGAGAACGCUCAUAGAGAACGCCGUUCAGUCUUGCCUCUCCAUAUCCAAACUGUCGUCAGGGAACGCCGCGAAGGCGCGCCUGAUGCGGGCGAAGGCGAGACUUGCGGCUGGACUGCGCGUCGGCGCGCACCAAGACAUUCUCGCAGCGCUUGAGCUGCAGCCGGACAACCCAGAAGCCUCGGCGCUCAUGACCCAGCACGUCGUGGAUUUAGGGAAGCCCCCCGUCCAGCCCCAUACGACCCCGGGCUUCUCGACGGAAAUCUGGCGAGAGAUCGCGCUGUGGCUCCCGCCUCGAGAUCUCAAAUCGUUGCUGCAAGUACCGCAUGUGCUGUCGCGUAUCGCGAGCGAAUUGCUCUUCCAGCGCAUCGACCUCCACCUCGGUAGCGAUGCUGAUGUCGGGCUCUGGCCAUUGUUUUUCCCCUUCUCGUACACCUUCCCAUCGUCGCCAGCAUCUGAAAAGCGCGAGUCGCAGCGCAGCGCGGAUAUUCUCACCCGAAUCAUCACAGACGCAACGUUUGCGGGCCAUGUCAAGACCCUCCGUGUCUUUGUCCCAGGGCGGGAGACGUUCCCGAUAACGUUCCAGACAGGAAUGUUGUCGAACGCAUUACCAAAGCUGACGAACCUGAAGUAUGUCCAUUGCGCCAUGAGGUGGAAGGACAUGUUUGCCUUCCUCCGUGUCCUGGAGACCGUCAGCCAUCGGCUCACAGGCCUCUCGCUCAUGCCCUCCGACGGAACGGGUGAGCUACGAUUCCCGCGGUUCAAGCACAUCGUGCAGUUCUCGCUGCACUCGACCGGUGGCGCGACAACCCAGGUGUACGACUUCCUCCUCCAAAACAAGACCGCCAUCCGGUGCCUCUCGCUGCACAAUCCCAACUGGUCCUUCCCGACCGAGGCAAUCUCAAUCCGGAACCUCGCCCACCUCGACUUCCAGGGCAUAUUCCCCGCCGACUCGCGCGCGUUCGCGGAUAUCCUCUCCAGCGGUCACCAGCUCGAGAGCCUGCGGCUCGAGUGCCACCUCGAGUGCACGGCGUCGACGCAGUUCAGGGAGUUCCCUACCGCGCUGCCGUUCCUGCACCACUUUGCGUUCUCGCUCAUCGGCUAUCGCGUCAACGACCACGACCUGUUCCCUGCGAUCUCGGAUUUCCUGAAAGGACGGACGGCGCUGCGGACGCUGCAGCUGACGGUGCCGAGCGCGGACUGGGCACUGAAGAGGCUGGGCUAUGAUGCGACGGUGUGGGGCGUGCUGCCGUCGUUGACGAGCUUGCGCAGCCUGACGGCGACGCUGCCCAAGGACGUGGCUGCACCGGUGGCGAUGUGGUUAGUUCCCCGGAGUGUGCAGGCGUUGUCGCUGCAGGCACUGGCCCCGGUCAAUACCCUCGAGUUCGUUUCGCAAUUGCGCGCAGGAAUGCCACCGCACCUACGGUACAUCGGCCUAUCCCACUUUGACGUUGACGACGCGCAGGCAGUCAUCGAGCAAGGCUUCCCCAUGGUCAGCGUCGCGCGGAUCGACGAUGACUACUACACGGUCUCCAAGAAGAAUGGUAUCGUCAAGCUCGAGGAAUGGCCAAAGGGCCGUACGCAAUACAACGCUCGGGACUGGCUGGAAUGUUACGGCUGCAACGAGGCGGAGUGGCGAGACCCUACGCAGUUCCUCUGA